UUUAACAGUGGUAAAUACGGAGCGACGUCGCCAUGCUUGCUAGGAAGACUUCACACUUGAAGCCAAACGAUAGAGAUAAAUAUUCUGUGUUAUUGCCCACCUAUAACGAAAGGGAAAACCUCCCUUUGAUUGUGUGGCUUUUGGUGAAAUAUUUCGAUGAAAGUGGUUACAAGUACGAGAUUAUCGUCAUUGACGACGGAAGCCCCGAUGGGACAUUGGAAGUGGCCGAACAGCUCCAAACGAUAUAUGGAAAGGACAAAAUACUUCUCCGACCACGAGCAACGAAGUUAGGCCUGGGCACCGCUUACAUCCACGGCAUGAAGUACGCCACAGGAAAUUUCAUCUUCAUCAUGGAUGCUGAUCUCUCUCAUCAUCCCAAAUUCAUCCCAGAAUUUAUUGCGAAGCAGAAGGAAGGCGAUUAUGAUUUGGUGUCGGGUACUCGCUACCGAGGCAACGGUGGCGUCUAUGGGUGGGACCUGCGUAGGAAACUCAUCAGUCGGGGCGCCAAUUUUCUGACUCAAGUGCUGUUGCGGCCUGGUGCUUCAGACCUCACAGGCAGCUUCAGACUGUACAAGAAGAAAGUCCUUGAGAGUCUGGUUGAGCGUUGCGUGUCCAAAGGUUACGUCUUUCAAAUGGAAAUGGUUGUCCGAGCCAGGCAGCUCAAUUACACUGUUGGAGAGGUUCCCAUUUCCUUUGUGGAUCGAGUCUAUGGCGAGUCCAAACUGGGAAGGAACGAGAUUGUGUCAUUUGUGAAAGGGCUCCUCACGCUAUUCGUCACUACAUGAUCACUCCAUAUGCGGCAUACUGUAUAUACAUGGCCUGGUAGAGCUGUAUAUUGAGGACUUUAUAUAAAUUGAAUUGACCCUGAUGGGGGGGAAUUCCACACCUUUGGUUUAAGCAAAUGAUGAGAGAGCGCACCUUCCUGUUCGAAAUAAAUGGAUUAUCGGAAUAAUGGAGGCCAGUUUGUGUUGUACAUUACCUUCCUCGUCUUCAAUGGACUUUGCACAAAGAGUGUACGCUGUCUCAUCAUGCCCGACUGUAGACAAUUGUGAUACACGAUUUCACAAUACAUGCACCAUCAACGAUUUGAGUAAAACAGCAAUUAUGUUAAAUGUCCAUGUUUUAGAAAUACAAGGAUUCUUCUAAGACGCUAAUAAGUUGUGUUUGAGUCUAAUUGUGCCCGAUGUGCUGCCUCAAUAUCUUGUUCCGGAUGGCUUGGAGUAGUCGUACAGUGUUCCCCCACUAAAUAAAAAAAAAAAUAAUAAUAAAUUGCGAUCAUUUUUCAUGGGUUUUACAGUAUACUUACUGUUAUGCCAUUGCAUAUGGGAACGGAGAGCCACAGUUGCCUGUGCACUUUUCAACCAUUUAUUGAACGACGGUAAAACGUGCACAUGCAGGAUAUAGGAGAUGCUGUCAGCCACAGCCCAGACACACAAAGACUCGCCAAUGUAACAUGCCCACCUGACCAGGCCCCGCCUCUUAAAGGCACUUUCAUGUAUAUAACGUAGACACCACUAACAACAAUUGCAAUGUUUACUAGAUAUUUUAUGCUUGCUAUUUUUGCAUGUCUGUUUAAAUACAUUUACAAUGUGUUUACAUUUUUAAUGUUUCAAUCUUUUUAAACUUUAAAGCAUGUGGAAGGGGGUCAAACUAUAUUAAAAAAAAUUAUAUGGUC